CCAAUGCCACCGUCGGGAACACGCAAAAGCCUCUCUUCUCUCUCUCGUUACCCUCUUUAGACCACCACGUCACCCUGUCAAACUCCUCUUCACAGCCUGGCCAAACUCCUCUUCACAUUUGAACCCCAAUCCUCACUCUCCACGUGGCUCACCUUGACAUUGACACCUCUGCUUCUACAGCUGUCCCCCUCUCUCAAGCAGCCGCUAUAAAUACCGUCCUCACUCCCCUACUCCACUCUCAAUCUUUUCCAGCAAGCAGCUUUUUCAUAACUAAAUCUUGGCCCUCUACCCGCCAACAUGGCUUCUAUUUACUGCCUUGGCACUUUCUUACUCCUCUGUUUCAUCCACCUUUCAUCCUCCGCGUUAGUUCAAGAGCAACCUCUCGUUUUAAAGUACCAUAACGGUCCACUCCUAAAAGGCAAAAUCAUCGUUAAUUUCAUCUGGUACGGGAAGUUUUCUCCCAUCCAACGGUCCAUAAUCGUCGAUUUUGUUAACUCUUUGAGUUCCGACCAGACAACGCUUCCUUCCUCAUCAUCGUGGUGGAAAACAACUGAGAAAUACAAGGGAGGUUCAUCCAACUUAGGCGUGGGCAAACAAAUCCUCCUCGAAAAUUACCCACUCGGUAAAAUCCUUAAAAACCCUCAUUUACCAGCGUUGGCCAGCAAAUUUAAUGGUGUCAAUACCAUUAACAUCAUUCUAACGGCCAAAGACGUCUCCGUCGAAGGCUUUUGCAUGAGGUGCGGGACUCACGGGUCAACCCGGGUUGGCCGAGGCCCGAUACGUGGAACCUAUAUCUGGGUAGGGAACUCCGAGACUCAGUGUCCUGGUCAAUGUGCCUGGCCGUUUCACCAGCCUAUUUACGGUCCUCACCCACCCUUAGUUGCCCCUAACGGAGACGUGGGAGUUGACGGAAUGAUCAUCAACUUGGCAACCCUCUUGGCUAACACCGUUACCAACCCUUUAAUAAACGGGUAUUUCCAGGGCCCAGCCAACGCACCGUUAGAAGCGGUUCAGCUUGCACGGGAUAUUCGGUCGGGUUCGUAUCCGGGAUACCCAGGUAAUCUCCUGGUGGAGAAGAGUACCGCGAGCUACAAUGCAAACGGGCUUAACGGAAGGAAGUACUUGUUGCCGGCGAUGUGGGAUCCACAGACAUCAACUUGCAAGACGCCUGUGUGAUGGGGCACGUGGCGGAGUGAUGACCAGCGAUGAUGGUAAUCGUGGCAUGGAUAUGUAGAUAUUCGAGAAUGGUGUAUGGGGGGUGGCGAGGUAGGGACCUUAGGUUGUUGUCGUUUUGCGUGACAUGUAAAUUCUAGUUUGGUAUAAAAAAAUGAAAAUCGAAACGGGUGGGGGAUGGAAAUGUGAAUGUGAGAUAAUAAUAGAAGUAAUAGAAAUAUAUAUUAAAGAAUGAAAAGUAAUUUUGCUUGUGGGUUAUUUUUACUGUACUUUGGUGCUGUGAGGAUAAGCUCAAGGUUAAAGCGGAGGGUUGUGGCCCAAUGGGGGAUUUUUGUUUGUUUAUGGGUGAUGAUGAGAAAGAUGCUGGGGCCUGGGCGAGACCAUGAUGACAUAUUCAGAGGUUCCAUUUCCAUUUGCCUGAACGUUUUAAAAGUGAGAAAAAACCUUUCUAAAUGUUUAACUUUUGGGAAUUGUGUCUAUGUUUUAAUGAAUCGGAUUAAACAAGUUUAAGCACAACCUAACUUUAGUUGAGGAAAUGAGGGAG